UAGCAGCUAAGGUGUCACAUUUCCCUUUGUGAGGAACAAGCAGAUUGGGGAAAUGCAGAAAUCACUUUACUUUGACAACUCAGGUUCUUUUGGAGGUUGUGGCUUCCAGGACAUAAAUGGCAUGGACUAUAUUGGGCAACAAACUUAUACUGCUGGGAAUGAAUACCAGCCCCCAUAUUGUCUGGAGUCAAACUCCAGUAAUUUAGGCUGCCAAAAAGGUGAACAUUCUAUUAAAAAUACUACUUAUAAUUUGACUGAUACCUCAGAAAAAGUUCACCAACCCCAGUCCCCAAACUCAAUCUCCCCCGUCCCAAAAAAUAAUUCCAGUCAGAACUGUCUAUCAAAGGAGGGCAAUGGGACAGCUUCUGCUGACGUCACUGUCCCCAAGAAGAACAGCAAGAGCAGCAAUUUACCCAAGCAGAUUUUCCCAUGGAUGAAGGAAACUCGACAGAACUCCAAGCAGAAGAAACAAGUUCCUCCCCCAACAGAAGAUGACAGUUCACUGGACAACAGCUUACUCGCUGCAUCCAAAAGGGCUAGGACUGCUUAUACUAAUUCACAGCUGGUUGAGCUGGAGAAAGAGUUUCACUUUAACCGAUACCUCUGCCGCCCUAGAAGACUUGAGAUGGCAAAGUUGCUUAAUUUGUCCGAGAGGCAGAUUAAGAUCUGGUUCCAGAACAGGAGAAUGAAGUAUAAAAAGGACCACAAGGGCAAGGGUGGCUGUGGCUCUCCCGGGGGGCAGUCUCCAAGCAGCAGCCCAUCACUGAUGGCAUUCACCAACUCCCUACCUCUAGAUGAUGAGGGUGCCUAUGAUGUGCCCAUGGCCAAUGCCUACAGCAAGACACCAGGAAAUAUGUAUGGCCUGACAGCUUACUCAGCACCUAUAUUCGAGAAUCCACCAACUCCUAAAAGAUAUGGUGCUCAAUCUCUGGCCUCUGAAUAUGAUCAGCCACCAAUGCAUGGGGAAUCUACAUAUGAUACCCCUGGUUGUCAGGCUUAUAUUGCAGGAAGUUACCUGGAAAAUGGGUCCGGAAGUUGCUCCAUUUUCAACCUCCCCCAUCCUUCCUCAGAUAGCAUGGACUACAGCUGUGCAGCACAAACACCCAGCAAACACCAUCUUGGGCCAUGUGACCCCCAUCCCACCUACACAGACUUAAACAUACAUCCUGUGCCUCAGGGGUGUUCCCAAGAACCCCCAGUGCUGACACAUCUGUAGGACUUUCUAUCCUUUGAAACAGGAGGCCAAUUUGCCUUUUCCCAUUAUGUCAUUAAAACCCUGUACAUUUAAACCCACCAUCAGUAUUAGCCCCCCUCAAUCCCCAUUUAUUUAUUGAGCUAUGCACAACACAACUAUGCAUGGAUCACGCAAAGCGGUUUCACAUAAGCAACCUAUUAAAUACUAUUUCCAGCAAUAUUUCCUAUAUCCUCAAUACUUUUUGCCUGUCACAGUAAGAAUGUGAGCUCACACCCCUUUCAUACUUUGUCAGACUCUGCGGGUGGACUCAGACAUUUUAGAAUAACAAACUAAAGAUUCCCCAACUCUCUAAGAUUUAGUUUUACUUUGAAUGUAUUUAUGUAAAACCGAUCUCUCGAUUUUUGUACCUUCUGAAUGUUGAUCUUUUAGUAGAAAAAAAAUGAAACAUAUAUUUAUAUGCGUUGACUUCAGAUCUGUUAAAUAUUUUUGUCUAUUUUUUUGUUGUCUUUUUUU